UCCGUGCGAGUUUCCUAGGGAGAGGAGAGAAAAAAAAUGGUGGCCGGUGUGUAAAUUGGAGCAGCGCCGGAGAUAUAUAAUUAUAGAUCAAAUUAUCCGCAACAGAGGAGAGGUGGGAGCGAAAAAAAAAAACCCUCCCCCUCCCCCCCCCGAUCAAGGGAAAAAAAAAGAUAAACAGCAUCUCAACGCCAAGCAGAGAACGACACGGGAUCAAAGGAAGGACAGAGCGUUCAGAGCUCCUGCUGAGUUUAAACUACCAGAAACGUACUCCGAUCUGCAUAGUUUUAUAGGUGAGAAGUUGAACAUUCUGUGAACACUGAAGAUGUCUCGCAGCCCUGACACAAAAGAGGACCCUGUUGAAUGCCCUCUCUGUAUGGAGCCUCUUGAGAUAGAUGACAUCAACUUCUUUCCAUGCACCUGUGGCUACCAGAUCUGUCGUUUCUGUUGGCACCGUAUACGCACAGACGAGAAUGGCCUCUGCCCAGCCUGCAGAAAACCCUACCCAGAAGACCCUGCAGUCUACAAACCACUUUCUCAAGAAGAGCUACAGAGAAUAAAAAAUGAGAAGAAACAAAAGCAGAAUGAGCGGAAACAGAAAAUCUCAGAGAACCGCAAGCAUCUGGCUAGUGUACGCGUUGUACAAAAGAACCUAGUCUUUGUGGUAGGUCUAUCACAGAGGCUAGCAGAUCCAGAGGUUUUAAAACGGCCAGAAUAUUUUGGGAAGUUUGGUAAAAUACAUAAAGUUGUCAUCAACAACAGCACAUCAUAUGCAGGUUCACAGGGUCCCAGUGCUAGUGCUUAUGUAACCUACAUACGGUCUGAAGACGCACUAAGAGCAAUACAGUGUGUAAAUAAUGUUGUGGUUGAUGGCAGAACACUUAAGGCAUCUUUAGGUACAACAAAGUAUUGCAGUUAUUUCCUAAAGAACAUGCAAUGUCCUAAACCAGACUGUAUGUAUUUGCAUGAGCUAGGGGAUGAAGCAGCCAGUUUCACUAAAGAAGAAAUGCAGGCAGGUAAACAUCAAGAGUAUGAACAGAAGCUGCUUCAGGAACUUUAUAAAUUGAACCCCAACUUUUUGCACCAGUCAUCCAGCACAGUCGACAAAAAUAAGAACAAAUUGGCUACACAGCAGAGGUAUGAUGCACCUGUGGAUAAACCACCAGAAGCACUCAGUCUAGGAAAUGGAGACAAUUUACAACAGAUCCCUACCAGUGAAACACCGUCACCACCGCCAGGUUUAACAAAACCCAAUCCAGUCGUCCCCAUUAGUUCAUCCAAUCAUAAUGCACGGUCUCCUUUUGAGGGGGCUGCAGCAGAAUCCCAGUCCCUCUUUUCAGACAACAGUAACUUCAGACACCCCAACCCUCUCCCAAACAGCCUGCUUUAUCCCACUUCAUCGCCAUCAACACAUGACUGGCCAACAGCACCGGAGCCACAGAGUCUCUUUACAUCAGAAACAAUCCCAGUAUCCUCAUCAACAGAUUGGCAAGCGGCUUUUGGGUUUGGCUCCUCCAAACAGCAAGAGGAUGACCUGGGUUUCGACCCCUUUGACAUCACCAGGAAAGCCUUAGCAGACCUGAUAGAAAAAGAACUCUCAGUCCAGGACCAGCCUUCCAACACAGGCCUCACUUCCCCCACCUCACUACAGAACCCUCCGCAAACUGCAAACAAAGGCAUUGGUGGCUUCUUGACCCCUUCUGCUGCCACAACAGCCAACUCCAUAGGUAACUCUUUCCCCAACUCCAUAUUACCGCGGAGGUUCCCAGCUUUUCAGCACAGAGCCGUCUACAACUCAUUCAGUUUUCCGGGUCAGGCACGGUACCCAUGGAUGGCCUAUCCUCACAAUAGCAUGAUGCACUUGAACCACACAGCAACGCCCACCUCGAACAGUAAUUUCUUGGACUUAAGUAUACCACCUCACAGCACAGGACUUGGUGGAAUUCCUAUAUCAGACAGCGGCAGUAAUGUGGCAAGUUUAAAUGUCAAAGAGUGGCAGGAUGGUCUACGGGCACUGUUACCAAAUAUUAACAUCAAUUUUGGGGGACUACCAAAUGCUGCUUCCUGCUCUUCAGUGAACCAUGCAGCACCAACCUCAGCCAACAGCACCAGCCUGAACUGGGAGAGUGGGAGUGGCUGGAUGGACCCAGCAAUUAUAACAGGUGUGCCAGCAUCCACGGGGAACAGUUUAGACACACUGCAGGAUGAAAACCCUCCACAUUGGCUGAAGUCGCUCCAGACGCUGACAGAAAUAGACGGCCCCACAGCAGCACAGACAGGGCACAGUAACCCCUUCAACACACAGAUCCCCUUGCACAGAGCUGGCUGGGCCCCCUACCCUCCACCCUCCAACCCCGGCAACUUUCACUCUCCACCUCCAGGCUUCCAGACCACCUUCAGACCCCCCAACAAAACCCCCACAGAUCUACUACAGAGCUCUACAUUGGAUCGUCACUAAGGAAAACUGAUUUACUCCCCUCUUCUCUUUCCCUCUCUUUCUCUUUCUUUUUUCUCUCUCCCUCAGUACACAUAAUCUCAGUUCCUGAUCAGUGCCAGAUGCAAUGCAAUCGCAGCGUUACGUUAGAAUUACCGGGAGAUUUUUCUGCUCAUCAGUCUCUUGACGGCAUGCUCCCCACUUGGAUGGGCUGUAGUGCCUCCCGCUGACCAGUGUCUAAUCCACGAGCUACCUAGAACAAUAGACUAAUACAGCAUCGAAUGAAGCCAUUUGGCCCAUUGUGCCUGUACUACUUGCGAUAUCAAAUUAUGCAUCACAUUUCGGGAAAACCCACUACAUGUUGGGUGAAUGUGAAAACUACACAGUAAAUCAUCAGGAGAGCUGGUGUCAAAAUUCAUAACUUAUAAGUAACAAUGUUUAAGUUCACGGUCAGCGGGGGAGCGGCAUGCUGGGUAAGCAUUUUGAUUCUUGGUUAUAUAUGGGCAUGUAGCUGAGGAGUGGAUGAGUUGACUAAAACAAAUUGAUUUUUUUAAUUUUGACUUUAGCUUAAAUAAAUAAUACAAGAAAUAUGUUUUAAAAAGCAUUCACAAAUUUAAUACCUAGACGACAAUAAAAGAACUGCUGAACACAGAGUGGUAUAUACUCAUUUCUUUAUCUGUCUUUCUCUGUGUCUGUCUGUCUCUCUUGGCAUUUAAAAUUCACUGGAAUGGGAGCUCUGGGAUAGCACUGCAUUGGGGGUCACUUCAUUCAUCAGGAGCACAACUUCUUGAAACUCUGCCUGCCGCUUCAAGUAAUCUGUAGGUUCUGGACAUCGUGCAGUAUUUGAAGAGAGUGUGGUUAACCUUGACGCUAAAACUAAAAAUGUACCUCUUCAGAUUCGAAACUAAAUCUUAAAUAAUAAAAAAAGAAUACUUGA